GUCCUGCCGCGUAGGACUCAGUUGUCAGCGCUGCCGGCCCCCUGGCCCUCGGAGCCCGGCCAUGUCCUGCUACAUCUACCAGCUGCCCGCCUGGGUGCUGGACGACCUGUGCCGCAACAUGGACGCGCUGAGCGAGUGGGACUGGAUGCAGUUCGCCUCCUAUGUGAUCACAGACCUGACCCAGCUGCGGAAGAUCAAGUCUAUGGAGCGGGUGCAGGGCGUGAGCAUCACGCGCGAGCUGCUGUGGUGGUGGAGCAUGCGGCAGGCCACCGUCCAGCAGCUGCUGGACCUCCUGUGCCAUCUAGAGCUCUACCGCGCCGCCCAGAUCAUCCUCAACUGGAAAUCAGUUCCUGAAAUCAAGUCUUCCAUCCCAGACUUCUUGGAUGCGGUGCAGCCAGGAAAGCCUUUGGCAGCUUCUGUAAGAAACACUGAUGAUGAACAAGAAACGGAGCAGCCCAUGAGGCCAGCCACCUUUCCAGGCCCGGGGCCUGCUCCAGCCAGAGCCAGCCCCUGGGGCCCUGCUGAAGAUGCCCCUCCUUCCGUAAACACCGACCUGCCAGCCUCAUCCGAUUCAAAGGAUUUCAGCACCUCCAUUCCUAAGCAGGAGACACUUUUGAGCCUGGCUGAUGACAGCCUUUUCUGGAGCGAGGUGGACGUGGUCCAGGCAACUGAUAACUUCAACCCAAACCACAAAAUCAGUGAGGGGACCUUUGCUGUUAUCUACAGAGGGCAAAGGCUCGGCACUCCAUUCAUCUUCAAGAAGCUCAGAGAGGUGCCCUGUUCAGGUCCAGGAUCAAUUGAAAAAUUCUUCCAGGCAGAGGUACAAAUUUGUCGUAGAUGCUGCCACCCCAAUGUCUUACCUCUGCUGGGUCUCUGCACUGGAGAACAGUUUUACAGCUUGAUCUACCCGUACAUGGCAAAUGGUUCUUUACAGGACAGACUCCAGGGUCAGGGUGGCUCGGACCCGCUCCCCUGGCCCCAGCGUGCCAUCAUCUGCUCGGGGCUGCUUCAUGCCGUGGAGCAUCUGCAUGGCCUGGAGAUCAUCCAUGGCAACGUCAAGAGCUCCAAUGUCUUGCUAGACCAAAACUUCACCCCCAAGCUGGCUCAUUCGAUGGCUCACUGGUGUCCUGUCAACAAAAAGUCAAAAUACACCACGAUGAAGACCCGCCUUUUCCAGGCCUCCACUGCAUAUCUUCCAGAAGAUUUCAUCAGGGUGGGGCAGCUGACAAAGCGAGUGGACAUAUUCGGCUGUGGAAUAGUGUUAGCUGAGGUCCUCACUGGCAUCCCUGCGAUGGACAACAACCGGAGCCCGGUUUACUUGAAGGAUUUACUCCUCAGUGAAAUUCCCAGCAGCACCACACGGCUCUGCUCCAGUAAGACAGAUGUGGAGAAAGUGAUGGCCAAGGAGAUCUGCCAGAAUUACCUGGAGAAGAGAGCAGGGAAGCUGCCAGAGGCCUGCGCCGAGGCCUUGGCCAUGGCCGCCUGCCUCUGCCUGCGGAGGCGCAACGCCAGCCUGGCGGAGGUGUGUGGCUCUGUGGCUGCUGUGGAAGAGCAGCUGAGAGGUCAGGAGACGUCGCUCCCUUGGAGUGGUCUUUCCGAGUGCACAGGCUCUUCCUCCAAUACCCCAGAAGAAACGGACGACGUGGACAAUUCCAGCUUCGAAGGCUCCUGCUGCGUGAGGGAGGCACCCUGGGCCGGGGCUGCCUACUCGCCUCCCCCCCCAGCGGAUGGAGAAAGUGAGCUGCCGGCUGGUGGGGCAGUGGAAGCUGACUCCUCCUCUGAGGCCCGCGCCAGUGCAGAACCUCCCCAGGAUGCUACAGAGACUUCGUGGAAAAUUGAGAUCAAUGAGGCCAAAAAGAAACUGAUGGAGAAUAUCCAGCUCUACAAAGAAGAGAAACUGGAUAGCAUUGAGCUUUUUGGCCCUUGAUGACUCGAACAUAGCUGAGGACCCUCGUCCUCCAUUGGAAAAAUGAACGUCAAUCGAGAAAAAGAUCUAAGGAAGAAUCAAGAUCUCCCAGGAAACACCAAACAUCAGCUUCCCUUGGGUGGCGGCAGAGACACUUCCAUUUUACCAGAGUGAGUUAGGGGAGACGGGACCUCAGCUUUCAGAGACACAAAAAUCCAUGAAGUCCUCUUCCUUUCUGAGAUUUGUCAAUCAGAGCUCUGGGUUAUCAGGAGACUGAAGGGGAAACCCUGAUACAUGAGCCCAGGAUGUGGGCGAUUUUGUGGUUCCGGGGAGCAUGUGACAAUAACCACCCUAAUAGAUGCCAUUGCCUGGCUCUCACCCUUGACAACCGAUUGAGCAUUCUGAGCGCUGAUGGAACUUUCCAAAGCUAAGAUCUCUGGGUAAUAUUUGCUACCAACCGCCUGCAAACUUCCAUGACCUUUACAUGAAAGACUUUCAACUUGUGUCCCAUUUCGGUGCUUCACUCCCUUGUCAAGGUCUCAAGUUUUACAAAUGCCAGACACCUGGCAGAAGGCUCUGGAGGUUUUCUGCUUUCUCUUUCAGAAAUAUUGCAGCCCACAGAUAUUUAUUUAAUGCCCACUCUGCACCUUUAUCCUCCCAUUCCACUAAUGCUAAUAUUUUAAAUAGUUUUUAUUUAGAGAGUAUGUAUUAUUUAUGGCUGUAGAUAAAGAACCAGGAGAACUAGGUUCAUGUUUGAUUCUGCUGCUAAUUUAAUUUCUGGAACCUCAGUUUCCUUGUAAGUAACAUGCAUUCAUCCUCCCUCCCUGGGCUGUUGGGGAGGAAUGGGUGAGACAUGGCUACAGAAAUACUUUGAAAAUGCACUUGUCCUGUUUUGUUAAAUAAAUUUUUAAAAAG